CUGACCUGCGUGACGCACAUGUCUUAGAUCCAGGAACCAGGUGAAAGUUUUCCGGAUUUUGCGGGAUUUGACGGCGGUUCAGACGGCACGGGGGAUUUUAUAUGUCGCAGUAAAGUUUCACGAGUUACCUCGAUGCGCGUGGUGGACAACUCGGUCAAGCCCGCUUCACACGAGAUGCCCAACAAAGGCCGGCGCCGGCAGCGCAGGGAGAGCGAGGUGUACGAAGACUCGUCGGACGAAGGGGUGGAGGCAGCCGGGCAGUCUGGUGUGCAAUGCCCCCACAUCAACAAAGGAGUGAACCAGGCCCAGGUGAAGAAAGCCCUACAGAAGGGUUCCCCCCACCUGGAGUGCGUGGGAUGUUCCAAAGAGGGAGCUUCGGGCGCACGAGGCAGGACUGAGCCCGCGGCAGACACCUGUCUGGACGAGGAGUUAGAGGCAACACUCUGGCUCUGCCUACAGUGUGGACAUCAGGGUUGUGGCAGGAACAGCAGGAGUCAGCACGCUCUGAAGCACUACGAGACCCCUCGCUCAGGCUGCCAUUCUGUCGUGGUCAACACUACUACAUGGAUGGUGUGGUGUUAUGAGUGUGACAACGAUGUUGCCUUUGACCGUGGGAAGAAGCUCGCCUUGUGCGUAGACUUUGUUCGCAGACAUUAUGGCGUCCACAGACCUAAUGAUUCCACAGGUAAGAAGAGUCCUCAGCAAACCAGUCCCAGAGAGGAGACAGUCGAUGCCGGCGCCGCGGCAGGGAAAGGGACAGAUAAACAGAACCUCAACUCUGCUAAGUCUCCACUAGCUAGAGUCAAGGGCCUAAACAACCUUGGAAACACCUGUUUCUUCAAUGCAGUCAUGCAGAACCUGAGUCAGACCCAUGUGUUGGAGGCUGCCCUGAUGUGGUCCACUAAGGGAGGCUCCAUGACUCUCUACCCUCCAACAGCUAACGACCUCCCACUACAGCUGGAACCUCUAGAAGUGAUGUUGUCUGUCCCGCCCAGUGCUCUACAGAGUGCUCUCCUGUCCUUCCUCCGUGAGAUGACUGCUCCCACUGGGAAGGCCUCCCUCAACCCUAAACACCUCUUUGGACAGGUUUGCCAGAAGUCUCCCCGGUUUAAAGGGUUCCAGCAGCAGGACAGCCAUGAACUGCUCAGGUAUCUACUGGAUGGACUCAGGCUAGAGGAACUCAAGAGAGUGAAGUCUGGCAUCCUGAGGAAGUUUGGGUUGUCUGAAUCGACCAACCCUAAAACUGUUGAUGAUGAUGUCAAAGGAAGAGUCAAAGAGUAUGGUCGGCUUGUGAGGGAAACCUUUGUAGACUUUGUGUUCGGUGGGCAGAUGGUCAAUACUGUGCAGUGUGAGGAGUGUAAAAAUAUAUCUCAAGUCCAUGAGCCAUUUCUGGACAUCUCUCUACCUAUUGUGGAGGAAAGGUCGCCACCCUCCAGAUCUAGUAGCAAUCCUUCUGCCAAUAAGCAGAAAGGGAAGGGAGCGAAGGGCCGUACCAACCUGGACAGUGAGACGGGGGAGGCAGCCCACAUGGCCAUGAAUGAGUUAGCACAGAGGGACGACCAGUCUCCCAGUAAACACCAGCUAAAGAAGGCCAAGAAACAAGCCAGGAGGGAAGCAAAGAAGGCCCAGAAGAAAGGGAAGACACCCCCAGCCUCAGAAGUAACAUCCCCUACAGCUGAUCCAGCUGGUGAUGAUGGGCAGGAGGAAACUGAGGCUAAGACUGAGGCACAACAGCAGAAGGUAGCAGCAGAGGAAAGUGACACUUCUCAGGAGAAAGGAGAGAACCCCUCCUCAUCCAUGGAAGAUGCAGAUGAAUGCUCAGAUUCAGAAGCCAUCACGAAACCAAGCAGCAAACCCACAACCCCCAAACAUAGCCCCUCGCAGGAAAGUGCUCCAGCCGUCAACCCUCCACCUACAGAGGAAAGUGGCGACGCCAUAGAGGAAAAGGAUGUGAAAGAGGUUACGAAGAAACUGGAAGCAAUGGGAAUAGAAGCAGAACACAACUAUGCUGUAAAAUCUGACAAGAGUAAACCCCAAGGUCCAGACAGACCAACUUCUUUAGAAGGUAGCUCUAAAGAAAAGACGAGCUCAAAAACACAAAGUGAACAGACAUCUAGUGAAGCUAGUUGUAAAGCUAAGAGUGUUACUGAAGAUGUCAACUCUACUGAAAGUGAGCUCUGCUCUCGCAUUGACCACCUGCGAAUGUCAGGCACCGAAUCAGAUGCCACCUCCCCUACACAAAGCCCCGAUAGAACUCAGGACGACAUUGAUAAGGGGAGUGGUAACGAUACUCAGGACAUUAAAACCCAAGACGUGCCCGAAGACGAAAACCCCAAGAUCAUUCCUCAAGGAGAAGACGUCCAGGACAACAAGGAAGUCGAAGAAGCUGAAGAAAAAACCACCACAACAAUCGUCUCCCAAGAGGGGAAAAACGGCAGUUUUCCAUCCAUAACCCUUACCCAAGGCAGCCCCAAAAAAGUCACCAAGACAGUCAAAGACGAGAGAAACGAAUGUCUCAAGUCAAAGGUUCAAUACUCCUUUGAGGAGAUCUCUGAAGAAGGGGCUGUAGGUGGUAGAGGGAGAAGUAAUUCUGAGUCACGAGUGGGUGAUGAGAUUGUAGGGAACACCAAACCACCGUCCACCCUGGCUCCCAGGUACUUGGGUAGUUCCCAGGAGUGUUCCAUCCAGUUCUGUCUGCACCAGUUCACAGCACCGGAGCUGCUGACGGGCAGCAACAAGUUUGGCUGCGAGUUCUGUACCAGGAGGAAGAGGAAAGAGUCGGGCAAAACUGAGAGGGAGAAAGACAAAGAUGACACGGUGUACUGCAACGCCAGUAAACAGAUGCUGGUGUCCUGGCCACCUGAUGUCCUCACUCUGCAUCUCAAGAGAUUCCAGCAGGCUGGUUUUAGCCUUAGGAAGGUGAACAGACAUGUGAACUUCCCCCUGAUGUUGGACCUGGCUCCUUUCUGUACCAGCACAUGCAAGCCUAUAGCAGACAACUACAACAGGAUCCUCUACACGCUAUACGGCAUCGUCGAGCACAGCGGCAGUCUGCGUGCCGGCCACUACACCGCCUACGUCAAAGUCAGACAGGCUUCGGACAAGCUGCGAACACAGGUCCUCAACAAGCCCAACUCUUGGAACUAUGGGAAGGGGACGCCCAGGAACAAGGUGGGGGCAGCUGGUCACCAUGGUAACCUGGUGAAUGGAGACAUCUCAUUGGAGGAAUCGGAUGAUGAGGUUGACUGGAAGGGAGGAGACUCUGCCCCCUUGCCUCCAGUCCCGGAGGGGAAAUGGUACCACAUCAGCGACACUCAUGUUAGCGAGGUGUCGGAGUCUAAAGUCCUGAAUGCACAAGCUUUUCUGCUGUUCUACGAGAGGAUCUUGUCAUGAAGACUGCAAAGUUACCUUAAUUCUCUGUGAAACAAUACUUUUAAAGUUACAUUCUCUUUCCAUACUUUUCACGAGAUUACAUUGUAUUUCCAAAAGAGACUGAAUGAUAUUUGACGUAGCUCACAAGCUUAGUUGAAACAUACAUGUAAAGCAUUUGCUCUACAAAACUAGUAAC